AUGGCAGUACCCGAGAAGGUAAAACCGGAAGAUGCCCAAAAGUAUUAUGACACCGCAGACAGCAUCGGCCUUAAGCCCGGCUGGAUGCAGGGGGAAGGUCAACCCUUGCCCGAAAUGGAACCCUUCCUCUGGCGUUGGAACGAGGUGGAGCCCCUGGUACUCAAGAGCGGCGAGUUGGUCACACCGGACCGGGACGUGGAACGGCGUACCUUGCGCCUGGCCACGCCGGGCCUGGACCGGGGCACUACCCAUACCAUCACCGCGGCGCUGCAACUGCUCCUGCCCGGAGAGUGCGCCCCGGCGCACCGGCACACGCCCACGGCCAUCCGGUGGGUACUGCAGGGACAGGGAGCUUACACGACUGUCGAGGGUGACAAGUGCUACAUGGAGCCGGGCGACCUGGUUCUCACGCCUUCCUGGACCUGGCACGACCACAACAAUGAGGGCGAUGAGCCCAUGAUCUGGCUGGAUGGGCUGGACGUCCCCCUGGUCCGGUACCUGCGGGCUAACUUCUACGAGGCGUUCCCCGAAGACCAGCAGCCCAUAGUCGGCGUGGCCGAGUCGGAAAAGCGGUUCGCCUCCGGCGCUAUGCGUCCGGCCUGGGAAGAUACCAACGUACCCUAUUCCCCCCUGUGGCAUUACAAGUGGGACAAGACAUAUGAUGCCCUGCAAAAGUUGGCGGAAAUAGACGCCAGCCCCUUUGACGACGUUGCCAUGGAGUUCAGCGACCCGGUGACCGGCGGACCGGUGCUCCGAACCAUGACCUGCUGGGCCCAGUUGAUUCGUCCCGGCAUCUGCACCCGCGCCCACCGCCAGACCAGUUGCGCCGUGUACCAGGUGUACAAAGGCCAGGGGUACAGCGUGAUCGACGGGCAGCGGUUCGACUGGAACGAAGGAGAUUUCUUCGUUGUACCGCCCUGGGUCUGGCACGAGCACGCCAAUGACUCCACCGAUGAGGCCAUCCUGUUCUCCAUCCAGGACAUUCCGGUGAUGAAGGACAUGGCCCUAUACCGCGAGGAAGCCUACCCGGAAAACGCCGGCCACCAACCCGUAACCAGCCAGUUCAAGGGGUAG